AUGACGUUCCCGGGAAAGUGCUCCCCGGACCCCAGCGCAUCGAACCUACCCCUGUCGCCGCCAAUUCUACCGCCCCAUCGCUGUCGCAACACCGCCAAUGCCGCCAACAUAAACAACGGGCAAUCCUCCCAUGAUGGCACGAUGGUCCUCCCCAACGUUCCUCCCUCGACCUACAACACGCCGCGCUUUCCGUCCCUGAACGUCCAGACCCUAUAUGACACCACCGCGGACAGGCGAUACACACUUUACUAUGUUCUGGAUGUCUGGCGCUUUACGCUGAUAUGGACGCUUAUCAUUUACGCUCUGUUCCAUAUGGGCGCAGUCCUGGUUGCCAUGUUCACCCAUGGCUGGAAGAAGUCGUCCUGGAAGUACCUCUGGGCGGUGCCUGUGGUGUACCUCGUCAUGGCCGGCCUUGAAGCCGUCAUGGCCGGUAGCAUCGUUGGUUUAGUGCUGGGCGCUGUAUAUUCGGCGGGAUACUACGAAAUGAAUACGUGGAUACCGUGUACUUGGGGGUUCAUCAACGUGCUGGUUCUGAUCAUUUCGUCAUUCUCAAUACAAGGCGGGCUUUAG